CUGUUCCGGUUAAAACUGUUCUAUUUUUCUGGGUUUUCUGACAUUUUUCCUGACAGUUGAACAGCGUUUAUAAUGUAUAGGCGAAUAAGUUUCGACAGCUACUGGCGUAAAUCAGGUCUGCCAGGUGCUUGGAGGACGGUAAACCCCAGCAACAGUAAUGUCCGUUCACCAUAAACGGACAGAAGAAGCCGUUGAUGGCAGUGAAACGUAGUAUUUGUCAAAUAUCUCCAACCCGGAGCGUUAAAAUGCAGAGAAACGCCAGAAGGGUUUUGACAACAGACAGCGUCCGGAUCAUGUUCCGUGUUUUGUCUUCCACACAGGGAGGGUGGGGACGGCUACGUGUCUGUGGGCGUCUCCGAAAGCUGCGUGAUUCACAAACCGUAUUUGUUCCUACUACUUUGAGCGCCAUCUUGUUUGUGGCUCCUCUACGUAAGUGGUUGAGUUUGUGCAGAGGAGGAGGAUCCGAUUACUUCAUUUUUCAGUUUAUUUUCCCUCCCCCAGCGUUAGUCAGGGGACAUCUUCCCGUACUGUAGUACACAGGCGUGUAUCUCUCUUUCGCUGUAGUGCUUUUCUUUAAAAAAGCCAGGCAGUAUUUUGCCACCGGACAGAAAUGAGCAUCGAAACGCUUCUGGAAGCUGCCAAGUUUUUGGAAUUACAAGCCCAGCAACAACAGAAAGCACGUGAAGAUGAACUAAAGGAGAAGCUGCUUCUGCAGCAGAAGACUGAAUAUAUUUACCCUGAUGUGAACUAUAACUCAACAGUCCUCAUCAACAAUGUCCCUAAAGCGGAGGAGCGUCUCACCAAGUGCCGCUCCACACCCUUACCCCCCUCCUUGCCUCCCCCUUCCGUGCCCAUCACAGUCUUCCCCAUCCCAGUGGUCACCCCCAACCCCGUGGGGUCGCCUACUCUACCCGUUGCCACCCUUUCACCUCCAGCUGCUCCGUCACUGGCCUUCCCUAACAGAGACCCUCAGUCCCCUCAGGAGCAAAGUGCCGCAGCUGUGAGGUGCUCCCCACCGCCCAAAGCUGACCACCCAACCCCCGCAGUGACCAGCGAUCACAGGCAGUCCACCCAAAACCACCACAGCCUCUCUCAGCUCAUCGACCAAACCAACACUAAAGUGCAGCAGCACACACCUCAGCAGGUGAUUCAGUGCUAUGCAGGUUCAAUCAUCUCAGCCCCACAGCACCAAGCUUUACUCCCCCACCCGAGCCCUUUGCUUCAGCCCGCUCCCCCACAGAACGACACCGUCAGCCGAGGGAGUCCUUCUGAUGACAGCCGCCAACUGGACAGUAAGAAGAGGCCUGGAGGGGCCGGCACAAGAGAAGUCCAUAACAAGCUAGAGAAGAACAGGCGAGCGCACCUGAAGGAGUGCUUCGAGACGCUGAAGAAGAACAUCCCAAACAUCGACGAGAAGAAAACCUCCAACCUCAGCGUGUUAAGAAGCGCACUAAGAUACAUUCAGAUGACCGUAGGCACUUCCUUGAUCUGUUUCCAGACGUUGAAGCGCAAAGAGAAGGAGUAUGAGCACGACAUGGAGCGACUGGCCAGAGAGAAGAUCGCCACCCAGCAGCGACUGGCAGAGCUGAAGAACGACCUGAGCCAGUGGAUGGAUGUGGUUGAGAUCGACCGGGUCCUCAGACAGACGGUGCAGCCAGAGGAGGACCAGGCUUCAACUUCCACUGCUUCAGAGGGUGAGGACAUUAUGGACGAUGACAUGGAGGAAGCAACUUCCUUACCAGCUGCACCCCACAGUAUGAAACCUGAGCUGCUCAAGAUUGUAAAACAAACUCCAGCUGUGACCCCAGCCACCACUGCUUCCAUCAUCACCCAGCACAUCUCCACCCUGAACAAAGCCCCUCUGCACCAGCCACUACCGCUAAAUCCUCUACAGCUACAGACCAAGCCUGUAGCUCCACCCAUACUCCCGGCUCCUGCAUCCAGCACUCCAAGCCCACCCUCCAUCCCUGGCCAGACCACCGCUAGUCUGCAUCCUACCGUCAUUGCCCACGCCUCGGUGUCCCACCCGUCAGUCAUUCAGGCAGUAAACCAUGUCCUCCAUGGAGGGGGUCCAAAACAUGUGACGCACCUUGCCCCCUGCACCACCACCAGCUCUGUGCAAUUAGCCCCCAGUUCUCAGCCCAUCGGUCACAUCACCGUGCACCCAGUAGCUCACCUUAGCCAACACAUACCGGCCCUCUACCCACAGCCGGUAGCAGUCACACAGCCAGCUGUGGUGGGCCACAUCACCCAUGCUUUAAACCACGCCCACCCUCAUGUCAACGGUACCUCCCCCACCCAGGUGACAGCCACCACCAUCGUUGGUAAGCCAACAGCAGUAAGCACUCAGAUGAUGGCACACCACCCACAGCUAAUGGGUCAGACGGUGCUUAACCCUGUCACCAUGGUGACGAUGCCCUCCUUCCCCAUCAGCACACUGAAGCUGGCCUGAGCGCCGUGGACGAAGACAAUAUGGGAAGAGGUCCAGAACUGGGAUCAGGCUGCAGAGAGAGAGAGCAGGAAGAGCUGCUGCACACCUACAGCAGGCAGAGGAACAAUCAGAUGUUCACCACUGCUACAACCUCAUCCUGGUCUCAGGAUGGAUCAGGCAGCAUGGCAUCAUCAACAUGUUCUGAAAGCAAAGGAGGGCACAUGUGGGUAUUUAGACACCAUGGUUGCUGCAGGUAAUGAACCAGUAAAUGUUUUCGCAUCAUGAUCUGAACAGACAGGAAAGUGGCGCUCUGCCUCUGCUGGGUGUUGGGGCAGAGAGCUGGAGCAGCCCAGCCAGCACUCUGACAAUGUGAUUUAGAGCAGCUCCUCCUCUCCAGCAGCAGCACAUGCUGCCAGGCUGGAGCUAAACCCUGGACCGAACUCAACCCUCUGCAUCAGAGAUGAUGUCAGCGGUGACUCUGCAUACAGCUAGAGCGCCCCCUCCUGUCAGUUAGUGCACAAUGUAAAACCACUCUGAUGAUAAUUAUACUGAAGGAUAUCAGAUAACGCCCUCUUACAGUAAAAUAAUGUGCAGUUUGGGUUUCGACAAUCAAAGAUUUGCUGUUACCUGUGACUAGCACCUGCAGUUAAAUGUGGAAUUGAGUAGAGGACAUGUUUUCGUUACUGCUUACAGAUUACCAAAUAUUUUUGCCAAAUUGAAUCAGUUGCUGUAUCAAUAGGCCCAGCAGGCUGGUUUAUAUAUUUUUAUGAUUACAUGAGAAACACUCUAGCAUAUAAUCCUUGGUGUCCAGUACAGCCAUGUUGCCAGGAUGCAUUUGCAGAGAUUACUCUGAUAGGGGUGUAAACUUGAACAGAUGGGAAUGAAUCAUCCUUUAACGAAGCCUGCACUGUGAACAUUUCUACCAUCUUAGAGAGCAGCAUCUAUGAGGGUCAACGCAGCACUUAGAGCAGAGAGCCGCCAUGCUGUCUGACAUAAACAUGAAUGUACUGAUCUGUGAAUGGAGUUGGAGUAACACCCUCCAAAGGUAAGGUCUUCUUCAGAAAUGCGAUCACAUCACUAAAACAUAUGCAGAGUGAAACAUUUACUGUUGAAUUUUUACUGUUGCUCAUUCGUCCUGAUGAAUAACUUAUGCUUAAUGUAAAUUUUCUAAUAUUCUUUUCCACCGGGACCAUGUGAAAAAGGCUGUAUAUAAAAGGUGGUGACAACCACACAGACCUGAUGUUAGUACCAUGUUUGGCCAUCUGAGAAUAUUUCUCCCUGAUUUUUUUGUAUUUUGUAAUAUUGCAGCAGGGACAAUUUUUCUCUAUGUUUCUGGAGCAAAGAUAAAGCAAAACGUCUCCCAGUCGUAAACUACAUGCAAAUAAUUUUGGCCGAUUGCAUUUUUUGCGCUGCUUUGCUGCAAAACUAACAGAAAGGUUCACAGGGAUGAAUAUACUUGAAGAAGCAACAUAAUACUUGUGUGUUUUUCCCUAUGGAGAAAAUUCAAGGUGUAUAUAGAUUGUAAAUGUUGGACUGCAUAUAGAUCUAACUGUAUUAUGUAAAAACGCUCUGAAGAUUGUCAAAUAUAAAAUUUAUAAGAUAAUAAAUUCUAUUAUGUUUA